CUCUCCCACUCUCAGCGCGCGCGCUCCACUGUUCUGUCUCAGCUCUCCUGUCAUCAUCACAAACGAAAACAGCCUUCAGGGUAGUUGGCGCAGUGGUUUCAGAGCGCUAAAAAGUAUUUGAGAAUCAACAGAACAAUUGGGAUUGAGAUCGACAGCUGUCAGACUGGACUUUAUAAACAUCUGUGGUCUUAAUUUACCUCUUUUAAAAUGCAAACCUUCGCGAAUGGCUUUGUUCACUCGUGUGGAUUUAUGUCCUUCUCUCACUGGUAGUACCAAGUCGUUUCUCUGUCUCAGUUUAUCCUCAAAAAGAAGCCUACAGGAGACUACAGGAUGAAAUGGACAGUCUUGCUGUUAGAAUACUUCUUGGUCAAAGUUCUGGUGCUGUUGUGCAGCGCGGUCGGGGAAGCGCAGCAGCAGCAGCUCGAGGGUUUUAUAAUGCUCUCAGGAUCCAAUGGGUCCCGGGAUGAGGAGAGCGUUUCUGAACCCCCACAUACUGAGGACAAUUGUCGGGGUUACUAUGAUGUCAUGGGACAGUGGGACCCGCCGUUCGUUUGCCGAACUGGCAAUUAUUUAUACUGUUGCGGCACUUGUGGCUUCAGAUUUUGCUGCGCUUAUAAAAACUCUCGUUUGGAUCAAAGCACCUGCAAAAAUUACGAUACACCAGUGUGGUUAACAGGACAGCCUCCGUAUAAGAAAACCCUUGACCCUAGACACGAUCCAACCAAGGAUAAAACAAACUUGAUCGUUUAUAUAAUAUGUGGAGUAGUGGCAAUCAUGGCACUGGUCGGGAUAUUUACCAAACUUGGACUAGAAAAGGCUCACAGACCUCACAGAGAGAGCAUGUCUCGAGCUGUUGCAAGCGUCAUGCAAGGCGCCCGUCAGGGUCAGCAUGAGGAGGCCAUCGGAAUGCACACACAGCAUUAUGACACUGUGCAGGCAAGAGCAAACAACAUGCAAGGCGGCCAGAUAAACAACAUGAUGCAAACGCACCCGUAUCCAACCCUCAGCCAGCUGUCCCAUGUCUAUGAGCAACAGCAAUCGGCAAAAGAGCUCAACAAAUAUGCCUCACUGAAGGCUGUGGCCAAAGCCAACGGUGAUUUCCUCAACAAGCAACACCGCCACUUGGUCGAGUUGGCGGCUAAGGGAAGCCUGCCACUUCAUUCAGUCAGAAUGGAGCACGUGCAACCCACAGCUUCCUACGUCACAGAGGUCCCGUGCCUCAAGCAAAAUGGACAGAAGCCCAGGAGCAUUAAACCCAACGUGUCCCAUCCCGCAAUGGCCUACAGCUCCAAUACCAUCGCAAACCCCGGCAUGCUGAGAAGCUGGGAGGCUGCAGAGACUGCAGGGCGACGCAAAACCUACGGCCCUAGGAAGAUGUGCACGAUGGAGCAGGUUAAUCAGCUACACACUGCCCGCAGUCACCAUUACCUACCCACGCAACCCUACUUUGUAACCAACAGUAAGACAGAGGUGACUGUGUAAAAGGCUGAAUACAUUUCAAAGCAAGCAGCAGAGAGCCAAAAUUGAUUAUCGUCAUGAAAGGACUCUCCACACUGCCCCUAAUGGACUGGAGGCACAACAUGGGAGAGCAUGUCAUGUCCUCACGACAACAUCAGCUGACAGUGAGGCCAGGGUUCCUUGGAAAUGUUCACCACUAUUUAUAUCCACUGUAACAAUGAUGUGUUUGUGUUCUGUCAAUGAAAAGGUAAAAGGAAACGGAUGUAAAGAUUUGGCACACGAAAAGUUUCAGAUCAAUAGCAAUAAGAUGUAAUAAACGUAUAUGAAAGAGAACGGCUAUGGAGAGAUGAAACAUUAUAGAAACGAAAUAUACUGCAUUAUUGAUCCCAGAUAUUAAAGGGCUGACAUGGAUUAUGAAACAUAGUGCGAUGCUCUCAUCUGAAAUAAUAUACAGAAAAUUUAUCGGCUGUGAUAUUGAUUUGUUGAAGACAGCGUAAAAGACACUGGGUUUGAGGCUGUGCCUUUUGUUUUGUCAUUUGUGAAGCACCUCGGUCAAGCAACUGAACAACUGAUGCUUGAAAUAUGGAGUCCGAAGAGUAUUAUUAGCGGUGGUCACAUGUACUGAAUAUUUCAUGUGAAGGUAGCAUUGCCAUUCCAUGAGCAGCACUGUUAAAGAACAUAGAAGCUUGGGCACAACUUGUGUUUUUGGAAAUAUGUGUUUGGUCUCUUUUUGCGUACAUUUGGCAUUACUUUUUUUACGUGUACUCUCAAACGCAUACAAGCAUGUUGAAAUAUUUGUCAAAAUGUCAUCAGUAGGUAUAUCUGCUGCCACAUGUACCGUAAGGUUUUUUUUGCACUUUUACAAAUGUGUUGUGCAGAAGGUACAUUUUAUUUAUUUAUUAAUUUUUUCCCCCCAAACAGAUGUGACUUAUGAUGAAAAAAGAACAUAAAAGUAUAUUUAUACUAUUGCCAGUAUACAGUAUGUAUGCAAAUUAUACAGUACAUUGUGCCAAGAAGUAGCUGGUUGAAGUUGUUGUGUUCAGCAUUAUUUAUUUAAAUAUAUUUAUUUAUUUUCUGUUUUAUUCAAUAGUGUGUUUGAGAGAAAAUGUUUCUGUUGCUACAUCAUUAUCUUAUGGAGUGGUAGUUCUGGAGAUGAAGAUGUACUUUAAACUGGAAUAAAAUAAGCUUUUUCUUUCCUCAUUCUCUUUAUCUUUAUUUUCCCCCUUUCUUUACUGUCUUUGAUGCUAACAGGAUGUUGCAUUGUGAGGUUUUCAUAAACAGGUCGAUGAACUUUUUUGUAUCCAAUUGAGUUAAUUCAGCAAUGCGUAAACCUGGAAAUAUCAACCAAAAGAACUCGACCUGCUCAUGCACUUCUGUCUGAUUGCAGGGGAACCUGAUCAUGUGGAAUAACUCUAGUCUAGGACAGAUCCUGUCAGCCUCACCGCCUGAUAAAAUGUCUAUCUACGCCAUGCUUAUUCUGUUGUAUGUAGUGUGCACUAGCACUAAGGAGUUCCAUGCUUGUUUGUGCAUCAGGAAAUCUUAGAGCACCUUUGCAGAUUUAUUCACGGUUGUUUUAUUUUUCAUUCUUUUCCUUUCUUCCAUCAUGCAUUAAAGCUGAAAUAAAGUGAAGCAUGAGAAUAAAUUAAAUAUAGGGUAUAACUGUACACCGAAACGCAUUUAAUCAUCCCAUAACACACUUUCUAAGCAAAUUCUGAGGUCCAUCAAAGGCUGUUGUGGCGUUCUGUUAGAAAUAGCCAGAGAACAGGCAGCAAGUCUUUCAUCUGCUGCAAUUUUGAGGAAGUCCCAGAUGAGGAGCAGGGAAGGAAAGGGCUCUGAUUGAUUUGAUUCAAGCACUUUGAGCAAGAAUAAGUCAGCUAAUCCAAUCCUCAGCUGCACGCAUUCACCUCUGAACAGGUGCCUGGAAACAGCCAGCAAUUGAAUGAGCCCAUUUCUGUGGGGGCCUUGUUGAGCUGCCAGAAAUCAAAGUUCUGCUCGGUGAAUUAAGAUCGAGGGUGCGAGUGACCUAGUUAACCGAAUCAGCACCGGCCUGUUUGGCAUACAGGCACAAAGUAUUAGAAGAGCGGGUGGUCGAUUGCAUUUGUUUGCUGAGGUCUCAGGCUGAGCCUUGCAUUUUUCCAUGAUUUUAAUGUCUACAUUAACUGGAGAGAAAAAAAUAUAUUAUUCUACAUAAAAACUUAUUCUAUAUGGCUGCCAGGUAACCCCAUCACAUUACACAUUUCACAAAAGUAGUGACUAGUGUAUGUAUGUAUAUAAAAUUUUAAAUAUUAUCAAAUUAUAUCAGCAUAAGGCAAAAAUCGCUAGAUUUACCUGUAUUCAUUAAGCAGAUGUUUUUAUCCAAAGUGACUUAUAAUGAGGAAUGUUAAAACAUAAAAAAGGACACAUGAAAGUGGGAAACAGCGAUACUAUAGUGAAAGGACAGUAUUGCUUUUAUGUUUUCAGAUUUUAGAGUGAAUUAACACUAGAGUGUUUAGUCAACAGGGUAAUAUAAAUAAAUGGAUGAAAUUUAAUCAGUUGCAUUCUUUAUUAAUAAAUGAUUCAUUUAUAAAUCAAUCAAUGCAUGAAUACUAGUGUAAGUUAGGUUACUUUAUUUCCUAUACACAUAAAAACAAAUAAUGACUAGGACCAAAAAAUGCAGGGUAUUCACAAAUAUGAAGCACUCACUGAUUUGCAUUUUAUACUCUUAUAGUCAGAAAUCUCCUAAUUAUGUGCACAACCUAAUUUCAAUUAAGGGAGAAAUGAGGUUGCGAAAUGGUAUUGACUGUGAUUAAUGGACUGAGCCUGAGAUAAGUCUGAUUGUUAGGAGGUUAUGAUUAAUUUGAAGUUGGAAAAUGGUAAUUGGGACCUACUGAGAAACUAAUCAGAUUCAAGGGCUUAUCUUAUUCUUUUCAUAUUUCAGUAUUGCUACUUGUUCUUAUCUACAAGUGUAAAAUGCAAUUCAUUUUGUUUACAUUGCUUUUACAUUAGGAUAUGUCACCACAUGGCAGACAAGCUGACUUUAUAACAGUAAUGUAAAUAUUUUUGUGCAGUGUCUUUGUAUACAUGACAUUUAUUAAAGAUACACUAAACUGAUCUAAUUGGUAAAGAAGGUUCAUUUAAUUGUACUUUGAUUUAUUCAUAAUUCAGUUACGGUUGUCUUCAGUUAAAUUCACGAUGACAGAUUUUUGGUUUUCUUUGUUUUCACAGGUAUAAACUAAUGCCAAGCUUGCAUGUAUCAAGCAUUUCUCAUGUUCAGCUUGGACUAAUGGGGAUGUUUUCAUGACAAAAGCUUUUGCUUGUACUGACUAAUGCUAAAAAACAAUUUGAUUUCAUCCGUAUUAUAUGUAAAAAAGUCACAUGUUCUCCCAACAUGCUCCCAACACUACAUACAAAAAAUGUGAUGUUAAUUUGAGAAAUGUUUAGGGUUAUCCCUUGAAUAAACUGAGAAAGCAUAAAUCUUUACUAUGUAAUCUAUGACUUGACAUUGCAUCUGAGU